CAUCGCUGCUGUCACAACAACAUUUCGCCAUUUCAGGUUUAGGGGGCAGUAACUCCCGCGAAGGAAUUGGGUCAGCUGAACGGAGGUGCUUGGCUCUGGCCGCUUCUUCAUUGAAAACAUCUUUUACGUCUUCUCUAUCGUCAGCUGGCUUGGUUAUUGAUCUCCGAUGCGUGUUAUUUGGUUGGUGCGAAUGAACUUUUCCAGCGUGGGCCCGGGCUGAAGUGUCAUAUCAGUGGUCGGAUUUUCCUGCUAACAGCUAGUGAGCUAGCAGAGUGUAAACAACAAGGAUGAAGCGGAUGAAGGGAGGAGAGGAGGGCAGCAAUAGCUCCUCCAGUAAAAGCCCACCGGAGGCUCGCAAGAAGGUGCGGAAGGAGACAAGCGAGGAGUCUGAGGCAGUGGGAGCCAGUGGGUCACCAGACAGCGACUGGGCACGUCUGCCUCAGGAACUCCUGCUACACAUCUUCCAGUACCUCCCCCUGCUGGAUCGGGCUUAUGCCUCACAGGUGUGCCGUGGCUGGAACCAGGCUUUCCACAUGCCAGAGCUGUGGCGCUGCUUUGAAUUUGAGCUUAACCAGCCAGCCAGUUCUUACCUGAAGGCCACACAUCCAGACCUCAUCAAACAGAUCAUAAAGAGGCACUCCAACCACCUGCAGUAUGUCAGCUUCAAGGUGGACAGUAGCACAGAGUCUGCAGAGGCAGCCUGUGACAUUCUUUCACAGUUGGUGAAUUGCUCACUGAAGACCUUGGGGCUCAUCUCUACAGCCAGGCCCAGUUUUAUGGAGGUUCCAAAGUCUCAUUUCAUCUCAGCUUUGACUGUGGUGUUUGUCAACUCCAAAUCGCUGUCUUCGCUGAAGAUUGACGACACUCCAGUGGACGAUCCAUCACUGAAGGUGCUGGUGGCCAACAACAGUGACACCCUGAAACUGCUGAAGAUGAGCAGCUGCCCUCAUGUCUCCCCAGCAGGGAUCCUGUGUGUGGCAGACCAGUGUCACGGGCUGAGAGAGCUUGCACUUAACUACCACCUCUUGAGCGAUGAACUCCUGCUGGCUCUCUCCUCGGAGAAACACGUCCACCUGGAACACUUGAGGAUCGAUGUGGUGAGCGAGAACCCCGGUCAGCACUUCCACACCAUUAAGAAGAGCAGCUGGGAUGCCAUGGUGCGGCACUCGCCCAAAUUCAACCUGGUCAUGUACUUCUUCCUCUAUGAGGAUGAGUUUGGCCCUUUCUUCAAUGAGGAGAUCCCUGUCACCCACCUCUACUUUGGUCGCUCAGUCAGUAAGGAGGUCUUGGGCCGCGUUGGUCUCCACUGCCCUCGUCUGGUGGAACUGGUGGUGUGUGCCAACGGCCUGCGUCCUCUGGAUGAGGAGCUGAUCCGCAUCGCGAAGCACUGCACCCAGCUGUCGGCCAUCGGCCUGGGUGAGUGCGAAGUUUCCUGUAGUGCGUUUGUGGAGUUUGUCAAGAUGUGUGGUCGGAGGCUUUCCCAGUUGUCCAUCAUGGAGGAGGUGCUGAUUCCAGAUCACAAAUACAGCCUGGAUGAGAUCCACUGGGAGGUUUCUAAGCACCUGGGCCGGGUCUGGUUUCCCGACAUGAUGCCGACCUGGUAAAGUGAAGCCAAAGAGGCACACAGAGUUCACUUCAUAUGGUUUGUGGUAUGGAACAUUGAUGGGCUCCAUGUUUGCACUGAAAGGCCUUUAGAAGCUCAGGUGUAGUGGAAUGUUUGGUGCCAACAUGAAGAGCAUAAACAUGCUGAACUCCUGUGUACAGGGCAGGGAUAUAAUGUGGCAUGUGACUGCUGCGCAAUGUUAUCAUGUCAUGCAAAUACCACAUCAAUCUUUGCCUGUUAGCUUCAAAAUGGAACUCAUCAGUCUGGCUUUUUCACUUAUUUAACAGUGAGCACAUGGACUAGUGCAGGGGGAAUCAUUCAACUAAAAAGCAGUGUUUUUAUAACUGCAAAUAGAGUUAUAUGGACAUUGUAAUCUAUAUUAUGAGAAAGAGUUGUGUGUGUGUGUGUGCGAGCGAAUGUGAGUGUGUGUUUUAAUGUUUUUUAAGAUUGUGGAAUAAUUUGGGACAAUUAGGUGCACAAUUGCAUGUUGUUACACUACCACAUGGCCUACUUAAAUUCAUUUUGAGAUAAGCAGCUCUGCACUCUGUAACAAAAUAACUUUAUUGGAAGUUUGAGAUGGCUGCAAUGUUAUUUGUAUAUAGUAUGUGACAGUUGGUGUUUUGUCGGGGGGGAGGGGGGUGUUACUUUAUUUUGCAGAAGAGUGACUGGAUCCUACACCUAAUUGUAAACUAACUUAAACGUAAAGAGCAGCAGUAGAGUCGAUGGCAUGUUGUUUUUGGGUUUGUUUGUUUUUUCCCUCCUCGCCAGAGCUCCGUCAUGCAUCCCAAAAAAAAACAAAAAAACAAAAAACAUGAUUGUGAAAAAUGUUAGAAGUUAGCUAGCAGAGAAACAUAAAUGUAUAUAUGGGUUUCUAUCUUUGUGAUGUGAACCUGUACAGUGUUGAUUGCCAUAGAGUUUUAUUUUCUCCAAGUUAGGCAGUUUUUUUUCUUUGCUGCACCACACAUCAAUUGGCUUGACAAAGUUAAUUUCUCUGUUUUGUAUAAAUAAGGUUUCUGUACAGUCAUAGAUUUCUUAAGCACCUUAGAUCAUAUACCAAAUGAUAGUUCGGAAAAAGACGAGUCUUUCUGCCCUAGUGAAAAGAAGGAAACAGUCUUUUGAUGCUCCAGUUCCUACUAGUUGGAUCCAGAUUCAGAUGAUGAUUUUUACACUGUACUGGGGCUCUGUUGAAUCAGGAUACCAAGGACGUCAUAUUGAAGUAAUAAAGGUACAAUUACUAGAGGUAAUUGUAUGUAAAUAAAGAAAUGUCUGAAUUUGGAGGUAGAUAUUGGUGAGUAUCUGACCUUCAUGAUCAGAUUGCUUCAUAACAAUCCUAUAGAUUAAUAUCUGUAGCUGUUAGCUCACAAUGCAUGCUGGGAAUCCAAAACUAACCCUUUGUGUCUCUCAGGUGCAUUAAAUUAUAUUUCCUAAAUAGGUUUCAUUUGCAUCUUCUGUUAUUUGCCUGUUCAAGCUCUAAACCUGUUGUGAAUAUCUGCUUUCCUGUUAGCCCUUAUUUGCUCUGUAUCUUGUUACCACAUCUUACAUGUAGGAGAGGAAGCAGUAAUCAUCUUGUCAUUACAAACAUUGUCUUUGCAGAUAUGGCUCAUGCUUCUGUCCAAAACAUCCAUUCAUUUCAGUUAAAAGAGAUUUGGCAAGUCAGAGGAGUGAAACAAACUUUUUUUCCUUUAAGAAGGAAGUCAAAUGCAUCUGUAUAUAAAACGCUGUGUGUUUGAUUAUUAUGAAUAGAAAUGUACUUAUUUCUUUAUUUCGCCCUCUGUCAGGGUUUGAAGUUUCCUUAGCCAAUGGCUUGUGUCUUUUAUAAAACCAGAGUGCGAGUUAUACUUUACUAGAUGGAUCUUUUUCAUACCUUAGUCUCUAGAGAAGAUAAGCUGUGUAAUUUAUUGAUAUGGAUACUGCUUUUGUAAUGAAUUUCUUUUUCAGUUAUACAAAAGAAGCAAUCGUUAUAAUUAUAACCAGCAAGCAGACCAGCCACAAGAUAAGUUUUCUUUCUUUUUUUGUUAUGACACUUUUACUUCUGUUGCGAUGAUUUUGUUACAUGCAGGUCAUCGAAAAGUUUUGUUUUUUUUUAAUCCGCAACUACAAUCAUUUGUCAUUGCACAGGAGAGAUUUUUGGCAAGUAAGUUUAAUCCAAUACAAAACCAGGAAAAAGAUUAAUUUAUAUUGCAGUCAGUGAAUUAAACCCUGCACUCUUUCUGCAGAGGAAUGCUAUCACUUUUGUCUUAAACUGCGAGCAGGACGAUAUCACUAAAAGAAAAUGAAGCUGAAUUACACCUACUUGAAUUUCAGGAGAAGAAAGCAGUGCUGAUUUGCAUGGCCUCUCCACAAUCACCAGAUUAGGGAGAUUUUUUUUAAAGAAAUACAGUAAUUAAUUUAACGUUAGAAGAAAUUUAACUGGAAUAUACAGUACGUGGGGAAAAAAAGUCCAGAAUAAGGUAGAUUGUAAGAAGUUUAACAAGUGGAUAGAAGUACGGUCUGAAGAUAAUCUAGAUUUCGAUUAAGUUUUCUUUUUCCAAUUUAAUUUCUUUUGUUCAUGUCGGCUAAAACUGUCACGCUUACUGAGUGCUGCUUCUUAUUACUGGAUUGAACUAACAUGAGUCUGUUGAUGGUGUUGGUCUCUUAUCACUGAAGUAGAUUCCUGUGCUGAUAGUCUGUGCUCAUGUGCAUUAGCAUCUCAGUGGAACAGCAACAUAUCUCCUGAAACGUUUUCAUAAUUUGUGCAGCACAUUAGACAGCUGCGGUGAUAACAGUUCUGAAGUGAAAGUUGUGUUGCCAUACUUGACUGAUUUGAAUCAUUUUCCUUUUGUCUUUACUGGAAAAUUCAGAUGGAUGAGUAAAACUUAAAUACAGCUAUUUUAACCUCA